AUGACUUAUGCCUCGGGGCUGAUGCCAUCAACCAACCGCCACAGAGUGUCUGAGGCAGCGAAACUUCCGGACUCGUUGGAGAUUCUAGAGCCCUUGGAUAGAACGGCAGUAAAACCGUACAACUGGGAUAUCCCAAUCACGCCCGUCGCGGUAACGCGACCGGUGACCACCAAACAACUUUCUCGCGUCGUGCAAUGUGCAUCAGCUUCCGGUGUCAAAGUUCAAGCACGCAGCGGCGGACAUAGUUAUGCCAACUACUGUCUCGGUGGCGAGAGUGGGGCCCUUGUUAUCGAUAUGAAGAACUUUCAAAAAUUUGAGAUGGACACCAACAACUGGUUUGCGACGUUUGGCUCAGGCACGCGUCUUGGCGAUCUAACCGACCGUCUGUACAACCAUGGCGCACGAACCAUCGCACACGGCACAUGUCCUUCUGUCAGCCACUUGACAAUCGGCGGCCUAGGCCCUCUUUCACGACAGUAUGGCACGGCCCUUGAUCAUGUCGAAGAGGUGGAGGUAGUGUUGGCGAAUGGCACAAUCACGCGAGCCAGCAAUACUCACUAUCCAGACCUUUUUUUCGUAAGGGCGCCGCAUCGUCGUUCGGAAUCGUCACCGAAUUCAUUGUUCAUACGGAACCCGCCCCGCAAAAUGUCAUCCAAUAUUCCUAUCAUCUCCAGUACGACGACUACUUCCCUAGGAGAGAAACCACAUCUGAUACCUCUUAUUAGGACUGGAAACAAGAGCGCGUUUGCUAGUACUUUCGCCACUUGGCAAGAUAUCGUUAAGGACCCUCAAUUAGACAGGAAGCUUGCGACGACUUUCAUCAUCAUGGAACUUGGAAUGAUCAUUUCUGGUACGUGUUGUCUCGACAAAGCCUCCGAUUUGGAUACUGACUAUAUGAGUCUAGGCACCUAUUUCGGCACUAGGGAGGAAUAUGACGCACUUCAAUUCGAGCAACGCUUGGGCAACAACGCGACCGUCAAUGUCAUUCAACUUGAUAAUUGGCUCGGGACUGUCACAAACUGGGCAGAAAAUGAAGCUCUAAAGUUGAUUGGCGGCAUCAGUAUGGCGUUCACCGAAGAUAGCCUAAUACCAGCGGACGGAAUACAGAACCUCUUUGACUAUCUAGAGACAACUCCAAAGGGAACACCGGCUUGGUUCGUUAUCUUCGACCUUCAAGCAGGAAAA